CCCUAUCAAAGCACACGAUGUGCCUAACUUCGGACUGAUCACUUAUCUUAGAAGAAUAUAAUAUAACCUCUAAAUAAACUGUCAAAGUAUCAAAACAACACGGUCCUUUUAAUUUUCUAAUUAAAAUUCAAAACAGAAUGAGAUUUACGAGGGUAAGUAUUUAUUGAUUCUACAAAUUCAGUAAUCCAUAUUACGUAAUUUGAAUGCCAUUAUGAAAAAAUAUUCCGAAAUGUCACUAAGUUUCGAAAAUAAAUUUAUUUUGGCACCUAUGGUCAGAGUUGGUACUUUACCAAUGCGUUUACUUGCUUUGGAGUAUGGUGCAGAUAUUGUAUAUUCCGAAGAACUAAUCGAUUGGAAAUUUUUGAAAUCUGUGAGACGCGAAAAUGAUGUUUUAGGAACUGUUGAUUAUUUAGAUUUAACAGAUGGAACUGUCGUUUUUCGUACAUGUCCACGAGAAAAAGGAAAAGUAGUUGUCCAAUUAGGCACAAGUGAUCCAGAGAGGGCUUUAAAAGUAGCAAAGUUAAUUGAAAAUGAUGUAUCUGGAAUUGACAUCAACAUGGGUUGUCCCAAAGAAUUCUCUCUGAAAGGAGGUAUGGGAGCAGCUUUGAUGUCUCAACCAGAGAAGGCCAAAAAGAUUCUUUUAACUUUAGUCAAAAAUAUAAACAUUCCGGUAACUUGUAAAAUUAGAGUGUUUGAAAAUAUUGACGAUACUUUAAAUUUAGUUAGAGAAUUGGAAACGACAGGUAUAAAGGCAAUCGCCGUGCAUGGACGGACUAAGGCAGAAAGGCCCCAACAUCUCAAUAGAAAUGAAACUAUUAGGAAAAUUUCUGAAACCCUGAAGAUUCCUGUGAUUGCUAACGGCGGAUCUAGAGAAAUUGAAAACUACCGAGAUAUGGUGAAGUUCAGAGAGCAAUGCGGAUGUAGCAGUGUAAUGGUAGCGAGAACGGCGCAAUACAACUGUUCCGUAUUUAGAGAAGAGGGCAUGAAAUCAAUGGACAAUGUCAUUAUUGAAUAUUUGAAGAAAUGUAUAGAGUACGAUAAUUCGCCAAGUAAUACCAAAUAUUGCGUUCAAAAUAUGUUGAAGGAAUUGCAAGAGACGCCACGUGGUAAAAGGUUUUUGGAAUGUCAAACUUUAGAACAAAUUUGCAAUAUUUGGGGAUUAAGUGAUUACUGUCGACAGAAACAAUUAGAAUACCAAUCGAGAGGCAACAUAGGUCGCAGAGAAAUAAUGCCCGAAUUCUUGGACCCGAAACGUAAAAAACAAAAGACCGAUUUGGACGACGAAAAUAUUGACGUAUGUUUGAAUUGCGCUUUUAUCAGAGUGAAUUACGCGGAAGAUCCGCUAUUGCCUAAGUCGCGAUUGAUGGCUUACUGCGGAAAAAACAAAUUCAAAACGCCCAAGUACAAGGUUUUUAAUGAAGAUAAACUAUUUAGGGCGGUAGCUACUUUGGAAGACAAGAAAUAUAGUUCCUCAUAUUGGGAGAAAAACAAAAAGUUUGCCGAACAAGGAGCAGCACUUGUGGCCUGCGUUUCAUUAGGGUUAAUAGACAAAGUCGAAUUAAUAAAAGAUGGAAGCAUUUUGGAAUAAAAUAUUUUUAGUAAAAUGAAUUUUGUUUUAAUCUCAAUUCUUGGUAAAUGGUUAAAGUUAAUCAAAACGAAUAUAAUAAGAAUAAAUAAAUAUUUAUUUACAAACCUAUCAGUAAAAACAAUACUAUAAAACAUUAUUAAUAUUUGUGCUUAGACGAUUGCAUAAUUUUCUCAUACAAAGUCCAAGAUAUGCCGGCGACCAGCGUCCGUCUCACCAAUCUAGGAAGAAUACCUUGAAAGUAACCUAAAAUACCGUGUCUUACGUACACGUCAAUAAUCACAGACCACAAUCCGUUGAAUUUAUUCGGAUACAAUUGCAACUGCGUCUUGAAAACGUCAGGCGGUUGGGUAGCCAGAGACGCUAGCGUGCUCGAGGCUAUAGCGCAACCGAAAUAAACUGCCAAUGGGUAAUUUGAAUGGAUAUCUGCAAUAA